GUCAUAUAUAAAGCAUUAUAAAACAAAUAUAAUUAUUUAUUAAUUUAACUAUACUUUCAAAGGGAAUUAUACUAUUAGAGAUUCAUGGAUCAAUCUUCUGAAAUCAAAGAUAUAGAUUUCUCAUAGUAGCCUUCUAUCACUCAUUAAAAAUCAAAAUAAAAUUCCAUUAAAAUAUAGCCCAAGGACUUUAUUUUUAAAAAUUAAAAACAUUUCUUAGAAGUGUAUGAGAUAGAUAAAAAUGGAUAAUUAGGAUAAGGAGGACAUGCUUCAAUUUAUAAAUUAAAUGAAAUGAGUCAUGAUAACGGAAAGAAUUCUUCAAGAAAGUGUGCCAAAAAAUUUGAAAAAAAGAAUUUAUUUUUUAAAAAUAGUGAAAUAUAAAGUUUGAAAUCUUUGGAUCAUCCCAACAUUGUUAAAUUGUAUGAGUAUUUUGAAGAGAGGGAUGCAUUUUAUAUCAUUAUGGAGGAGGUUCAAGGCAGAGAUUUGUUUGAUGAGAUGGCAGAAAGGAAAAGGCCUUUUGGUGAAAAUGACACUUGCUAAAUCAUCUAACAAGUCUUAUAAGCUUUGAGCUAUACCCAUCAAAAGGGAAUUAUACAUAGAGAUAUUAAACUUGAGAAUAUUAUGGUGAGCUAAAAUCAUAUUUAAACAGCAAAUACUUAUGUUCAAGCUACUAACUCGAUUGACUAAUAAGAAAAAUGUUAAGGAACAGAAUAAAGCUAAAAUAUAGAACGCUCAUUAGAAGAGAACCAAAAUUAAUUUAAUACAAAUUCUAUAUUAAACAAUAAAGAAGAUUCAAAAGGCUAAUCAUAAGAUACGAAAUAUCAUACUACAGAAGAUUAACAAAUUAAGCUUAACUCCUAAAACUAGCUUUCAUAAGAUGAUUCUUAAAUAGAAUGGAGAGUAAAAUUGAUAGAUUGGAGCUUUGGUACAAAUAGAAGUUAAAGUAAAACAAAAUUCUUAAGCAGUCUUUGUGGUUCACUCAUGUUUCAGGCUCCUGAAUAUUUUGAUAAGAAAUAUACAGAGAAAAUAGAUAUUUGGGCACUUGGGGUAGUGAUGUAUACAAUGCUUGCAAAUAGAUAUCCAUUUGGAUAGAAUUGUAAGAGUAAAUUGUAAAUACAGACACAGAUACAAAAAGAGUAAGUAGUCUUCGGCAAAGAAUGGGAUACAAUCAGUGAUGAAGCUAAAGAUUUAAUAAACAAAAUGUUAGAAAAAAAUCCAGAGAAAAGGCCGAGUGCUCAAGAGCUUUUGAAUCAUGUUUGGUUCAAAAUUCAUAAGACAAAUAAAACAAUAAUUUAAGAUACUCAAUAAUUAAAAAACAAUUUAAGAAAUCUAAAGCAGUUUAAAUGCUAGAAUGAAUUUUAAAAGGCAAUUUUAACCUUUAUAAGUGUUAAUUUGGUUUCAAGUUAAGACAAAAUUGAGCUUGAAAACUUGUUUAAGAGACUUGAUACCAACUAAGAUGGAAGACUUAGCAAAGAAGAAAUAAUGAAUGGUUUUAAUUAGAUUUGGCAUAACGAUUAUAUGACAGAAGAACAAAUUAAUUUAAUAUUUGAUUAAGUUGAUUCAGAUAAAAGCGAUUCAAUUGAUUAUAGCGAAUUUAUCACUGCUACGCUUGAGAGAAAAACUUUUAAUGAAAAAGAAUACUUGUAAAAAGCAUUUAAUCUAUUUGAUCAAGAUGGAGAUGGUCACAUAACAAAAGAUGAAAUUUUGAAAAUAAUAGGAAAUGCUGACGAUUACGAAUAAACGAGUGAGAUUGAAUAAUAAAUUUAAUAAAUUAUACAGUAAAUUGAUAUUAAUUAAGAUGGUAAAAUACAAUUUGAAGAAUUCUGCUCUAUAAUAUAAUAAUUUACAAACUAAGAAAUACAAAUGAGCCAAUGA